AUUUAUCAAAAGGAAACCACACUAGCUGAGCUUAAGGCCAAGAUUGCAGAACUUAAGGCUGAGAAAGCCAAGCUUGAGACUAAGUAUGGAGAAUAUGCAAAACUUAAGGCUGAGACUGCAAAGUUUAAGACCGAGAAUGCCAAACUUUUAAAACGAAUUAUAGAGAAAUAUGCUAAAAAUGAGGCUGAUAUAGCAAAAUUAAAAAUUGGUUUGCAGUAUCCAGUUCUCGAGCAUAUUAAGGCUACAAUUCUUGAGCUUGAAUCAAGGAAUGCAAUAUUAAGACCAAUUAUAGAGGAAUUUGCGAAGAAAUCAGAAUAUAGCCACCUUGUGACCGCCUUUGGCAAGAAAAAUCGUAAAUUCCAAGCUAAAUGCAUUCAAAUAGCUGAGGAAAUUCUUAACGAAAAACCAAUAAUUGAAUAUUGUCCUCCUUUCUUGAACGGAUUGGAACUUGAUGCCUUCUUUCAAAAAUAUCGAAUCGCAUUGGAGGUGCAAGAAAGUCAGCACCGGUUUCAUAACACUGGUUGGUAUAAAGAUGUCAAAAAGCUCGAGGAUAUUGUUAACCGUGAUCGGAAAAAAAGAUGUAUAUGUCAAGAUAACGGAAUUUUCUUACUUGAGAUAUGGUAUGAUGAAAAACCAGAAAUGGUUAUUCCGGAAAGGAUACAAAAAAUUGAGAUUCGUUAA